GGGUGCAGCAUGGAGCUGUGCCCGGUGCUGGGGAAGCUGUUGCACCAACGGGUGGUGCUGGCCAGCGCCUCCCCACGCCGCCAGGAGAUCCUCAACAACGUGGGCCUGCGGUUCGAGGUGGUGCCCUCCCGCUUCAAGGAGACGCUGGACAAGGCGGCCUUCCCCGAGCCCUACGAGUACGCGACGGCCACCGCCAGGGGCAAGGCCCUGGAGGUCGCGCGGCGCCUGCGCCAGAAAGACCUGCGGGCGCCGGACAUGGUCAUCGGAGCGGACACGAUCGUGGCGGUGGACGGCCUGAUCCUGGAGAAGCCGGUGGACAAACAAGACGCCUACAACAUGCUCUCCAAGCUCAACGGGCAAGAACACAGCGUCUUCACCGGCGUGGCCAUUGUGCGCUGCCGCAAUACAGAUGGCCGCCUGGACACAGACAUCUCGGAGUUCUUCGAGGAGACGCGCGUAAAGUUCUCGCAGCUGUCCGAGGCGUUGCUUUGGGAAUAUAUCAACAGCGGGGAACCCAUGGACAAGGCCGGCGGCUACGGCAUUCAGGCGCUGGGCGGCAUGUUGGUCGAACGUGUCCACGGAGAUUUCCUCAACGUGGUCGGCUUCCCCCUCAACCACUUCUGCAAGCGUCUGGCUCAGCUGUACCUGCCCGGACCCCAGGCCCAGCCGGACCCCGCCGUCCAAGUCCAAGUCCCAGCCGCCUCGAGCCGAGCGUCCACACCCCAAGACCAGGACGCGCUCCCUCCGUUCCCGGCCCGCCUGCUACAACUUAUUGAGGGUUUCAGGACUUCGAAGGUCCUCUUCAGAGCCUGGGAUCUGGGGGUGUUUGACUCUCUGAAGGAAGAGGCCCCGCAGACGGCCGAAGCCCUGGCCACCAGGACGCACGGCUCAGAAUCGGACAUGGAACAACUGUUGGAUGCGUGUGUGGCCCUGGGCUUGCUGGAGAAGAUGGCGGCAGGCUACAGCAACUCGGCGUGUGCCCGGAGACAUCUGUGCUUGGAGAGCGAGGAUUCGUUGAAUCGCUACGUUUGGCUCAACAUGCGUCCAGCUUGGGACCUGGCCACGCGGAUGGAGGCCCGGGACCUUCAGCACCCAUGUGGCGUGGACGCCGAGGAGCGAAUCGGCGUCCUGCGGUCACUUCACAACCUCGGGCGGCUCGUCGCCCGCCACGUGGCCGCGGCCACAGACUUGGGGGCCUUCGGCACGGCCUGCGACCUGGGAGGCAGCACCGGAGCACUGGCCGACGAGCUGGCCCGGAAGUACCCACGGAUGACCGUGACCGUGUUCGACGUCCCUGGGGUCACUCAACACUCGGCUGAGUUCCGGCCCGACGAGCCCUGGAAGGACAGGGUUCGUUUUCAGGCAGGCGACAUCUUCUCGGACCCCCUCCCCGCGGCCGACCUCUACGUCGUGUCUUGCGUCCUUCACCCGUGGGCGGAUGACAAACUGGACGCCCUCUUCGUCCGCGUUGCCGCUACCUGCAAGCCAGCGCUCUCCCCGCCCCCCCCCACGCCCUUCCUGGGCCUGCCACUGCAGCCUUAA